GAUUACAGUAUGUGCUAUUUUUAAAAGGGAUACUCUAUAUUAUAAUAUGUUACUUAAAUUUAUCUAGUAUUUGGGUAUCCACUCAUGGAUUGGUGAAAGAUAAGAUAGCAGAAUUGACUAUCAGAUAUAAAGAUAAAUAUUUAUCAACAAUACCAUAGAGGAAAAUGUUUUGUUAAAGUAAAACAAAAUGAGUAACCAUGAAGUGAAUUUUGCAGUUGCAAGAGACAGUGAAAUGGUGCAAUUAGGUGUGAAUAUACAGAACCAUACACACCAAGAUCUUCCACCACCAUACACAAUUACAGAUCCAAUAAAUAACCAGCCUCCAGUAACAGGGCAACCUGUUGUACACCAGACAAUAUAUGUUCAGCAAACAUUGAAGAACUCACCUAUUUAUACCAAUUGUCCGAGUUGUCAUAAAAGUACUCUUACAACUGUGCAAUUUGUUAAUUCGAAGAAAACACACAUGCUAGCUGGUUUUAUAUGUGGAUUGACAACGUGGUGUAUGCUGUGCUGCCUCGCAACAAUUCCUUAUGCAUUUUCAACAUUUAAAACAGCUGAUCACUACUGUUCUAACUGUAAUUACUACUUAGGGAGUUACUCAAAGCUCUAGACAGAGGAAAACAAACAAUGAGGUUUGAAAGCCAGUUUCAAACAGUAUCAGGACUAAAAUGAUUGAUCACAAAGGAUUUAAGAUGUUAAUAAACAAUAUACUUGAUUUUAACAAUGUUUUUAUUUAUUAAUUACUCCAUAAUUCAAUUAUUGUACGGUACUUGUAACCUAAAACAGUCUGAUGCAAUCUUCCAUUUACCUUCAAUGGCUACAACAAGAAAUGUCUGUUGGAAUGGUGUUUUUACCUGAUCAUUGUUGUAUGUAACGUCGCCACAUGCUUGGAUCAGGUACGUCAGUUUAUUCGAUACCAAGUUAUUUUUUAUGUGUUGAGCAUCCAGAGUUUUUAGCACAUGAUUGCUAGCAGGUAAAUCCAUUAAGAACUUUUGGAUUUUUUCAUUCCCAUUAAUACCAUUUCCAUUCCAAACCAAUAAUCCAGUGUCAAGAUAUAACUUGGAAGUCAGGUGUCUGCUGUUAUCCAAUUGUUUAUAAAAUAA